AUGUCAUAUUACAUUACCAUCCACAAUGGCCCUGGUGUGGAUGAGAGCGUUUUGAACAAGUGGGUCAAUAUCAGCUUCAGUAAACAGGAGCUGUUCUACCUUCGCACCGACGGAGCGUUGAUUUGCUAUAUCCUUGAACGUAUUCGGGAGAGGAAGUGCACCGUUACUCUUGUGCCCAAGGAUCGACAAUGUCGGUGGUGUAUCUCGAUACCGGCUUCUAGAGCGCAUACAUCCAAUAAGGCAGCUCGUGCUGACGCUUUACAACUGGCGGAGUGGUACAGGGUCCAAAUCCUGAACGGGAAUGCAAGUAUCAACCGCGAACUGCUAUUUGAUCGGAAUCCUUAUCAUGAAGGUAAGGAAUGUUGUAGAGAAAAUGUGUGCGAUCGGAUGCUGCACCCGGAGUGGUGGCCUAAAAAUCUCUAUAAAGAUCCUGAUGAAGAUACUGAAGAUACUGGUGAAGGUACUAGCAAAGAUACUAGCAAAGACUCGUAG